AUCAAAUUAAGAGCUAAAGCUUUCUGCUGAAAUGGGUGUUCUCGCAGCAAUCGCCAAACGUCUAGAUGCAAUUGUCGGGCCUGGAGUAAUGCUCCUGUAUCCAUUAUAUGCUUCAAUCCGAGCAAUAGAAAGUCCAUCAGUGGUAGAUGACCAGCAAUGGUUAACCUAUUGGAUUAUAUAUUCUUUCAUCACCCUAUUUGAGCUCUCGUUUUGGAGAAUCCUCGCUUGGGUGCCAUUAUGGGCAUACAUGAAGCUGUUGCUGUGCAUGUGGUUGGUGCUGCCGAUAUUCAAUGGGGCAGCUUAUGUGUAUGAGAACUAUAUAAGGAAAUACAUAAAGCUAGGAGGAUUCGGGGGAUCAAAUUAUACAGACGAUCAAAAGAAGAUCCUCCAGAUGAUUAGCUUAGACGCUAGGAAAUAUGUUGCCGAGUACAUUGACAAGCAUGGCUGGCCCUCCUUUGAACGAAUCAUCAACGCGGCGGAGAAAGAAGCAAAGAAACAUUGAAGUCUUUACGAUUAUCACCGACUGUCGAGGAAUGCAUCAAGUUUAAAGUGAAACUUGUUUGAAUUGAAGGAGAAA